AUGUUUAUUCUAUUAAACAGUAUCUAUUUUACAUCAUCCGCGGCGGUUACACCUUCCACUGCACAUUUGCUCGAUAUAAAAGAUUCACUUGGAGAAUUAGAUCGAGAAUCAAAAUUAACAGCAAAUGACACUGUAUUUGAUUUUUUAAAUCCUCCACCAACUGCUAUCCUCAAGGGUAAUGAUGGUCGUCUCAUACUUGCACAGGGUAUUACUUUUCCGGCUGUAAUAAACCUUCACACAGCAUUUGCAGUUGGCUUUAUGAAUCCAUGUGCUUUAAAUACCCCCCAUACACAUCCACGAGCAACGGAAUUUUUUUAUCUUAUCGAAGGUGAAGUACAAACAGGAUUAUAUCAAGAAAAUGGUGCUAACUUUACCACUCAUCAGUUACGAGCUGGAAUGGCUACCGUAUUUCCUCUUGGUGGAAUCCACUUCCAAUAUAAUUUAAGCUGUAAAAAAGCCACAUUUAUCGCUGCAUUCAAUAGCGAAGAUCCCGGAGUGCAGACGACUGCUGUUUCAUUGUUUAGACAUUUACCAGUUGAUGUUAUUGUUGCAUCAUUGGCUGGAAAACUUACUAGGCCUCAAGUCGUAGCGUUACAGAAAAGUAUUUUAGAAGCACUUGACAAUCCAUCACAAGGUCUCGCAGAAUGUAGAAAAAGAUGUAACAUAUAG